GGUUGUAUGCAUAAUGUUACAAUUCAUAUUUACUCUCACAUUUGAAAACGUUUUAUUUGUAUUUUUUCAGAGUUUUAACUAUGAUAGUGUAUGUUGUAUAACUAAGAUACAUAUUUGACAAACAACAAACACAGAUAUAAUGUAAAUCUUUCUUGCUAAUGUCAGCUAGCUAGCGACAGCUAACGUGAACAUGGUUAGCAAGCAAAACCAAUGUUUGUUUUUGUUAUCUCUGCUGAUGUUUGGGUGACAAAACGUUAGAUAAAGUUAGCCAACUAUGCCAGAUGAUUGAUUUAUUCUUAGCUUAAUUUUGGGUGUAUGUCUAUAUCUGUAUAUUGAAUUGACAUUGAGUAUUUCGUUACAAGUUUCUUGACUAGGCUAAUGUAAGCUGUGAAAGUUUAGAAUAUCGAAUUAUAGCUAGCUAGCUAUAAUCAAACCAGCUAUUCUAACUAGCCGUGGUAACAUAAUCCCUAAUACAGGGUUAGUUGCCAACAAAUUCAAUCAAGAAAUGGCCACACAACAAAGUGCGUGUGCUGCUAAUGCUUUUGGCCUUGAAUGUAGUUUGAACAGUUACAGAAAUUACUGGCGUAACCAGCGUUUAUCUGACAUCUUUGAUGUCUCCUAGCUAGCUAGCCAGCUAAAUGUGUCUGUCUAGACUAGCUACUGGCCACCUUUUAGCUAAGUUGGCUAGCAUUGUAACUACCUAGCAAUCGUCCAGGGGAUAAAUAUUGCAACUUCGAGCUUAAUCUAUUCUGGCAGUCAUAGUUCAUGUAACGAAUUGAACUGCCGAGCUAAGCCAAACGUUAAGUUUAGCAGUUCACGGCAGUUGGUUAAGUUAAUGAUAGCCGUCAAAUCCUAAUUUGGCUAUCUAGCUAACGUUAACAUUUUCAUGUCAUUUCAUGUUAUUUGUUUCUAGCUAACCCUGUGUUUAUGACUACUUGUUCCUUAACCUAAUGUUAUCUGAACACGUUCACAAAUGUAUCCAGAUCAACGCCCCAAUGACCACAUAACCAUAUUUAUUAUGAAGACUAGCAAUAUAUUUUCUUGCAUAUACAGUUAACGGAAGAGCACUACCGUUAACCGAUAUGACGCGGUUAGCGCAGCAAGCUAACUUUUUUGACACGUAAGGCCACACUCUUUAAUUAGCCUGGUCCCAAGAUAGUAGCGUAAGUUUGUUGGCCUAUAUAGUAAUGGUCUCAGCAUUGGUCGAGUGGCUAACUUGCAGUAAAGGCCUUUUAAACUAAUCAACUAUUUUCUCUCCUCUUUUUUCUCGUGCUGGAGGUCUGUGAGGCCCAAAUAUCUCCUUAAUGUCCUCUCCCCCUCACACUGGCCAGUUUGGCUGCAUCUAUGAGCUCCCAUCCGCAUACCACUGCGGCAGACAGCAGCCCUGUCAGCUCCCUGGAUUCUCCCCUCUCUGUUACAAGUUCAUCACUUGGCUCACCCUGUGGUCCAGCAACACCUUCAUCGAGUUGUGGACCAAUAAGUAACCCAGAGAUAAACUCUUCAGUGAGCAUCUCAGGGCUGCAUGCAGUCAGCAGCUCUGAUGAUGUUAAGCCUCCAUAUGGCCUGAAGUCGUUGUCAGCCCACAGCCCUGGGCCUAUGCUAUCCCAGAAGCGCAUGUGCGCCAUCUGUGGGGACCGAUCUUCAGGCAAACACUAUGGGGUGCACAGCUGUGAGGGAUGUAAGGGCUUUUUCAAGCGCACCGUGCGAAAGGACCUGAGCUACACCUGCCGGGACCAGAAGGAUUGUGUGGUAGACAAGCGCCAGCGCAACCGCUGCCAGUAUUGCCGCUACCAGAAGUGCCUGGCCACGGGCAUGAGAAGAGAAGCGGUGCAGGAGGAAAGGCAGCGCAGUAGGGAGCGUGAGGGGGAACUCGAGUACAGUCGCGCCGUCAACGAGGAGAUGCCGGUAGAACAGAUCUUAGAGGCCGAGAUGGCGGCAGAGCGCAAGACGGCUCUUACCGAUGGCUCAGGUACCGGCUCGGCCAGCGAUCCCGUCACCAACAUCUGCCAUGCUGCAGACAAGCAGCUCUAUGCCCUAGUGGAGUGGGCCAAGAGGGUCCCCCACUUCUCCGACCUCCCUCUGGACGACCAGGUCAUCCUGCUGCGAGCAGGAUGGAAUGAGCUUCUGAUUGCUUCCUUCUCUCAUCGCUCUGUGGGGGUGAAAGAUGGAAUUCUGUUGGCUACUGAUCUGCAUGUGUCCAGAGAGACUGCUCACACUGCGGGGGUGGAAACCAUCUUUGACAGGGAGAGUGCCCACAGUGCUGAAGUGGGAGCCAUACUUGACCGUGUGUUGACCGAGUUGGUCAGUAAGAUGAGAGAUAUGCAGAUGGACAAAACUGAGCUCGGCUGUCUCCGGGCAAUCGUCCUCUUUAACCCAGAUGCUAAAGGCCUGACCAGCACGAGCGAGGUGGAGCUCCUCAGGGAGAGGGUGUACGCAUCACUAGAGGCCUACUGCAAGCAGAAAUACCCUGAGGCACAGGGCAGGUUUGCCAAGCUGCUGCUGAGACUGCCUGCCCUGCGCUCCAUCGGCCUGAAGUGUCUGGAGCACCUGUUUUUCUUUAAGCUCAUCGGGGACACCCCUAUUGAAACUUUCCUCAUGGAGAUGCUGGAGGCCCCCCACCGGCUCACAUAAGAGAGAGGCGGGAGCACCGGGGUUGCUCUGGGCCUGGACCUGUCCGAGCCUCUGGAAUUCACUGUGACUAUUUUCCCGGGGGAAUUCAUCGAUUUUGUAAGACUUUUGGCUGGGGUUUGCUCUUCCCUCCCUUUAUCUCAUUUCUCUUCUCUUCUCUUCUCUCUCUCUCUAUCUUUUUUUUUUUUGUUUUUUUUUGCCAUCCCAAGCACGCCCCAGUUCAGAGCCUCAGAUCUCGAUCCCAGGAUGUGCUGGUGCUAUAUUUUAAUUGUGAGUUGUUGAGUUGAAAUGCAUUUUUAAGAUGGGGGAAUCCGAAGGGGUUCUCUCCUACCCACUAAUAUAAGCUCAAAUUUGGGUUUACAUUUUUAUAGAACCAUGUUGAAGAUAAUGAUGCUUUAAUCUUCUGUGAGAAAAAGCUCCUCUGUGUUUGGAGAGAGCCACACACUACAUGUGACUCAACAGAGGCUGGUGCUCUGCUCCUGUUGAGCUGCACGAACACAAACACACACAAUCAAAGAGCUACACGCACAGCCUAACCCAUGUUCAUAGAAAAA